GAUCCUGACACCAACUCUGUAGUUUUUCAGUACCAUGAUAGGACCAUCAAUUAUUUCAAUCCCUACAUCCUCAUAUUUUGUCGUCACAACCAUGAUCUCAAGUGCAUUCUGUCUGGCAAAGCUGCAAAAGCUGCAAUGUUCUACAUCUUAGACUAUAUCACCAAAAUGGACUGA